GAAAAACAAUUUACUUUCGCGAUGGCACCGGAAUUGUCGAGCUUCGAUUGUGAAUCUUCACCUCAGCAACAAUACUCGGCACACAACCCCAUAGAACAAUACGUGUUGCUUGCAAAGGGAGUGAAAGGAGCAGCAUGCCUAGAGCUUAUCAAACAAGUGCUUGAAGCCCCAGGAGUUCACGUUUUCGGUGAAUUAUUGGCCAUGCCCAACAUAGAAGAGCUCCAAAACGGUCCCAAUGCAAAAUACUACAAUACUUUAAACUUGUUUGCCUAUGGCACGUACCGUCAGUACCUUGAAAAUGAAUCGGAACUGAUCGAGCUCACUCCCGCAAUGCGCAAGAAGCUGCAACAUCUCACGAUUGUUUCUUUGGCCAUCAAAAACAAAUGUAUACCAUACAGCGAGCUAUUGGAGGAGCUCGACAUCAAAAACGUGCGCGUGCUAGAGGAUUUGAUUAUCGAAGCCAUCUACGCAGACGUCGUUCACGGAAAGCUGGACCAGAAAAACAAACAGCUUGAAGCAGACUACGCCAUCGGACGGGACAUUCGCACGGGCGACGUGACGGAGAUCGCUUCUACUCUCCAGGAAUGGAGUGACUCGUGCGAGACGAUAUUGUCCUGUCUGGAAGCUCAAAUUCACAGAGCCAACACUGAAAAGCAGAAGCGCGUGAAACAUAAAGAAGGAAUCGAGCAAGAGAUUGCCAACUUAAAAAAAGCUAUAAAAACGCAAGCAGUAGAAUCUGAUGAGGCGAUGGCUACCGACACUGGUCGCGAGAUCUCGGGUGGUUCGGAGUUACGUAAAAAAUCCUCCAAAUCCAAGAGCCUUAAGGGCUGCGGUGCCGUAAAGUCAGUAUCGAAAUGAUUGGCUUAAUAAACUACCAAGGAUACAAACGCGAUGCCAACGAAGCUUGGGAUGGAAAGGAGAUUAGUUUAUUUAUGCUUUUGUUCCCCAAAAGUACUUGCGUUUCUCAGCGAUCGCGUGUAACGGAAUCAAAUUGUGAAACAAGAUCCAAACAAAUAAAAUUCCUUCAACUUUCAC